AUGCUCCCCUGCAGGGGGCACGGGUUCAGUCCCUGUUCCCUGGCCAGGGAAUCUACAAUCCUGCAUGCCAUAACAUGGCCAAAAAUAAGAAGGAACAACCAUGAUCAGCAAUUUUUUUCUUUACUGUUGUUAACAAUCAUUAGGAAACUACAUACUGAUUUAGAGGUGAACAUUGUGUUGAUGCUGUUUACUCAGCUAUUAUUAACUACUGUACAUAGUUUCAUUUAUUUCUAUGUAAAUAAUUAUAAGUUACUUUGUAUUGCUUUUGAGCACAGUGAAUCUUAUUACAAUAAAAUAUUUUAG